CUACUGUUACCGGUCAUGAGAAAAAAAUUCUUGCUUCAGUUUCUUGUAUGAGGUAGCAGAAAUCUAUAGGUCGAAACUCGAACGAACGUCCGACAAAUGACCUAAGAAAUGAUUUACAAAUUUUCCUGGUGCCCAUUGGGCUAGUGAACCCAAUGGAUGAUAAGGCCUCACCUAAAAAUUAGCUAGCUGAAAACACCACCAUCUCCAGUCCUUGCACCCCACCGGCAGCCCAAUGUAGAAAAAAAAAAAAAAAAAGGAAGGAAACUCAAAUGCUGCGGACUGCUCUGCUGAGUGACGAGUGACGACUGAGAAGGAAGGAGAGUAGAGAGAAGAAUGGUGGCCGCCUCCUAUUCGCCGUCUCAUGUCUCUCACGACCCACACCUCUUCUGUAACUCUCUUUUUCCCACUCACCUCCACCAACUCAGAAUCGUCCCCCAUAACGCCCUCGCUUUUCCUCCUCUCAAGCCCCAUCCAAAACCUUCCCUCUCUAUACCGGCUUCCCAACAACAAUCCCCCUCAAUUUCCCACCGCCCAGAUGCUAAAACCAUCUCUUCUUCCUCAAAAAGCUAUAUCUGGGUCAACCCCAACAGCUCCAGGGCAUCAAAGCUCAGGCGCAAUUCCUACGAUUUCAGGUAUGCUUCUUUAGUCCAAGCUUCCCAACAAUUGGACUCGUGUGACCCUGUAGAAGCUGACGUUAUUAGUAUUUUGGCUAAUUUGGGUGGCAAAGUUGUAGAACAAGAUGCUGCAGUUGUGCUCAAUAACAUGUCCAACUCUGAAACUGCGCCUUUGGUGCUCAGAUACUUUCUGGAAAGGCUUAAGUUGAAGAAAGAAGUGAUUUUGUAUAAUGUUACCUUCAAGGUGUUUAGAAAAUGUAGAGACUUGGACAGAGCCGAGAAAUUGUUUACGGAUAUGAUUGAGAGAGGAGUUAAGCCCGAUAAUGUCACCUUUUCCACCAUAAUUAGCUGCGCCAGGCUGUCUUCUUUACCUGAGAAAGCCGUCCAGUGGUUCGAAAAAAUGCCGUCUUUUGGGUGUGAACCGGAUGUGGUUACCUAUUCUGUGAUGAUUGAUGCGUACGGGAAGGCUGGGAAUGUAAAUCUGGCUUUAACUUUGUAUGACCGUGCUAGGACGGAAAAAUGGCGAAUUGAUGCUGCUACCUUUUCGACUUUGAUUAGGAUUUAUGGGACGGCCGGGAAUUUUGAUGGUUGCUUGAAUGUUUACGAGGAAAUGAAGGCUCUGGGAGUUAGGCCUAAUUUGGUUGUCUAUAAUUCCUUGUUGGAUGCGAUGGGGAGGGCCAAGAGGCCCUGGCAGGCAAAGAACAUAUACAGAGACAUGAUCAACAAUGGGUUUGAGCCCAGCUAUGGGACGUAUGCUGCCUUGCUUCGGGCCUAUGCUAAGGCUCGGUACGGUGAAGAUGCGCUUGAUGUGUAUAGAGAGAUGAAGCACAAGGGCUUGGAGUUGAGUGUCGUUCUCUACAACACUCUGUUGUCGAUGUCUGCUGAUGUGGGAUUUAUUGAUGAAGCUGUUGAAAUUUUUGAAGCUAUGAAAGGUUCUGAGAGUUGCAAGCCUGAUAGCUGGACGUAUUCUUCCAUGAUCACAAUAUAUUCCUGCAGCGGCAGAGUCUUUGAGGCGGAAUCCACAUUAAAUGAGAUGUUGGAAGCGGGCUUUGAGCCUAAUAUCUAUGUCUUGACUUCACUGAUCCAGUGUUAUGGGAAGGCCAACCGCAUAGAUGAUGUAGUUAGGACUUUUGAUCGACUGCUGGGUUUAGGAAUAACGCCUGAUGAGAGAUUCUGUGGUUGUCUUCUUAACGUAAUGACUCAAGCACCAGCUCAAGAACUUGAUAAGUUGACCAGAUGCAUUCAGAAGGCUGACGCCAAACUUGGUCAUGUGGUGAAGCUCCUUGUGGGCGAGGAGAACAUUGAAGGUGACAUCUUGCGGAAGGAAGCUGGCGAACUCUUUCAUGAAGUUGGUUCUGAUGUUAGAAAAGCAUAUUGCAACUGUUUAAUUGAUCUUUGUAUCAAGAUUGAUCUCUUGGAGAAAGCUUGUGAGCUGCUAGACCUCGGCCUUAAACUCGAGAUUUAUACUGAUAUACAGUCUAGAACUCCAACCCAAUGGUCUUUACAUUUAAAGAGUCUCUCACUUGGGGCAGCUCUGACGGCAUUGCAUAUAUGGAUAAAUGACUUGUCCAAGGCCCUUGAAAGUGGGGAGGAGCUGCCUUCACUGCUUGGGAUCAACACUGGUCAUGGAAAACAUAAGUAUUCAGAGAAAGGUCUAGCAGGUGUUUUUGAUUUACAUCUGAAGGAACUGAAUGCUCCAUUCCACGAGGCACCUGACAAGGCUGGGUGGUUUUUGACGACAAAGGUUGCAGCCACAUCGUGGUUGGAGUCUAGAAGCACUCCUGAGGUAGUUGCUGCUUAGAGAUUGUUCUUUGUCUGGCUUACAUUUUCAAUACUAGCUUUUAAUUUUGAUAAAAGAUCUGGGAAAAGGGUAUAACUUAUUUUGAUUUUCUUUGUUUUUGUUAAUCUAGAUCUCUCUCUAGAUUAAUUUUGUCAUGGUAAUGCUCAAAAUGUAGUUGCUAUCAGAUGAUUUUUCCAAUUUCGAUUGAGCUUAUGGUGCAAGAUUAAAGGAGUUUUAGAA